CUUCAAUGUUGCCUUCUUCGUCUUCAAUGUUGCCUUCCUCGUCUUCAAUGUUGCCUUCCUCGUCUGUCACGUUGAUUUCUUCUUCGUCUGCCGCGUUGCCUACUUCUUCCUCUUCGCGCUUCUCCUACACCUCUUCUGCCUCUGCUUCUUCUUCUUCAACAUCAGCAACAGCUUCACCCACUCCUUCUCAUCCUGUAGAUCCAUCGCCCAAGAAGAACAAUGCUGGUACCAUCGCUGGUGCCGUCGUAGGCGGUGUAGUAGGAUUAGCGCUUAUUGGUGCGGCACUCGCCUUUUUGUACCGUAGACAUAAAAGGCAUAAUAAGCCUAUCAAAAAUGAAAUGGCAACAGCACCUACACCAUCAGCAUCUGUAAAACCCAUGAAUAAUGACUAUAUGAUAGAUGCCGAUGCUACCGACAACGAUUUCCUGACUCGCCAUCAACAACAAACGGGUUAUCCUUCUGUAGCUGCUGCAGGUGCCGGUGCUGCUUUGGGCGCUGCUGGUUCAGCCACCAACGACGAUGCAUUAGCAUCGCCUUACUAUGCCCCUGCCACCUAUCCUACUGAACAUGGCGUUGCCUAUGCCACCGAUAAUAACUAUUAUGCGCCUGCGGACGGCAAUGGUUAUUAUGAUGGUCAACAACCGCAUCAGUAUGUCAAUGACGACUAUUACAACAACAAUUAUUAUGCUAACGAAGGCUACCCUAAUGAUACAAAUUAUAACGAUCAUUCGCUUUAUCCUAUGCCUGUGCCAGGCAAUGAGAACAAUUACAGUGACAGUCAUCGGUAUGAAACUGCCCCCUCUCCUCAUGAACGUUAUUAUGGUUAUCCUCAGCAACAACAACAACAGCAACAUUUCAUGAGUAGUAAUCAAUCGGAAGCUGGAUACCUGUCUCAUGCGUCAGGAUCAGCCAUGACGGAUAAUCUUGGUAACAAGCCCAAUGUUAAAGAUGACGACAAUGGAGCUUUUACUACAAAGCCUAACGCACUCUAAACUACAAUGAAGGCAUGCAUAUAUACACUCAUAUAUAGGUUAUAUGCGGUGUGUAUAUCUCUUUAGACUUUUUUUUUUUAUUACUUUUUAAAUUAAUCUUUUAUUAUUUUUUGUACUUUU